GCCCCUCUAGAGCGUCCCGAUUGGCCGUAGCGGCCCGGCCCGGUAUCCGGGUAAGAUGGCCGCAGUCGGGGAGUGCUCGCUGCCCGCGCCGUGGCGGCCGGUCUCCCUCACUCACGUCGAGUAUCCCGCAGGUGAUUUUUCUGGCCAGCUUUUAGCUUAUUUGAGUCUUGGUCCAAUAUUCAUUAUUGUUGGCUUUGUAACACUCAUCAUAUUCAAGAGAGAGCUUCACACGAUCUCUUUCUUGGGAGGGCUGGUGUUCAACGAGGGAGUGAACUGGUUAAUAAAAAAUGUAAUCCGGGAGCCUCGGCCGUGUGAAGAAGCCCAUUCAACAGUGACCACAAAAUAUGGGAUGCCGUCCAGCCACUCCCAAUUCAUGUGGUUUUUCUCUGUCUAUUCCUUUCUGUUCCUUUAUUUAAGAAUGCACCAAACAAACAAUGCGAGGUUUCUGGAUUUACUAUGGCGACAUGUGCUGUCCAUCUGCCUCGUCACAGUGGCUUUGCUAGUCUCAUAUAGUAGGGUUUAUUUGCUUUACCACACCUGGAGCCAAGUCCUAUAUGGAGGUGUGGCAGGAAGCAUCAUGGCCAUAGCCUGGUUUGCCUUCACACAGGAGAUCCUAACUCCCCUCUUCCCAAGGAUAGCUGCGUGGCCAAUUUCAGAGUUCUUUUUAAUCCGAGAUACCAGCCUCAUUCCUAACAUCCUGUGGUUUGAAUACACAGUUACGAGAGCAGAAGCAAGGAACAGACAGCGCAAGCUGGGUACGAAGCUCCAGUGACUGGGAACGUGGGGACCAGGGCACGUUUUAACGGAGACAGACAAGAGCAGAGACCUGGGAACAGCAAGGAGCCUUUUAACAGACGGACCAAAGGAACAGGCAGGGACCAUACCCAAAACCUGAAAGCCUUUGCUCUGCUUUAGCAGCUAAGCUGGAUGCUCCCUGAUGCAUGUGGGACCGUGCAGGAGUAGAAACUCGUUUUGAACACAGAUGCACAUGGUUGGAUGUACCAUCGUGUCUACGUCAGGGGAGGGGGGAGAAAAUGCCUGGUGUCGUGUGCGGGGGAGGGAAAACCAAAAACGAAUCCUUUCUGUGACUUUUUUUUUCAGCAUGAAAUAUACACACUAUUUAUUUAUUUUUUUAAAUGGAACUAUUGUUUAUGGGGUGGGUGAGGUGAUUGUGUGUUUUUUCUUUUUUUUUUAUUCUUUUUUUUUUAUUGUUCGGGUUUUUCUUUUUUGGAAGAAGAUGACAAAACUAAUCUCAAGUUGGUCAUGUUUAAUUAGGGCUUUUAAUUCUUACAUGCUUCUUAGGAGGGAGGGGAUCUAGGAGGGGUGACAGAGUGGAGAGGAAGACUUUCCUUUCUGCAGUCAGUUUGGGAGAUCAAAAUCAAUUCCAGCUGUACUUCGGAACCAAGUACAAAAAGAAAGACAGACUAUAAAGAUCUGAUUUUUAACACUAGUGACAAUUCUGCAGGGAAGCCUGCACGGAUACCACUUAAGGGGAGUGUGUGUGUAAAACAAAGGAAAACCACAAAUAUACUGACUCUUAAUUUUUUUUUUCCACUGCUGCUCCUGUUGUGUAAUUAGCAAGAGUGUCCUUUUCAGAAUCUGUUCUAGGUGGCAAGAUUAUCAUACAUAUCGCACAUUUAUUCCAUCUCUUCCUUUAUACUUUUAUUAUCUCAGGGUUGCUGUGAUCUGUACAGCUUUUGUUGUACUGAGUGUGCAGAGGGCACUGGGAAGCCUGUUGGUUUUAAGCAGUGCUGUGCUCCAGUAAGAGUCAGCCCAAAGCCUUACAAAAUUCAGUUGCUGGUCUCUGUCUUAAGCACUGGAUUUUUUUAUUUUUGUUUCUGUUAAAGUAGGGAGGGAUUUUUAAGAAUGAACACAGUGACAACCAGAAAUGAACAAGGCAAAUUACUAAUAACUAGCUCAGCUGCUCUCUGAAUUAUUCCUUGAAGAGUCCUGUUAGACUCAAUCCAUGAACUCCAAGUAGGGAACUUGUCCUAGCUGAGGCUCCUGCCAGUUAUCACAGUAGCUUGGCUGGGGUUCUGCAGCUGUAACCUUGAAUGCUGAACUCCUACAAGCAAGUUUUGCUUUCCACCCUUCUUCCAUUCUGGUUCUCCGUCUGGCCAGUGGCGCUCUGGAUGCUGUGUCUCUGUGGGAGUGUGCCUGCCAUCUCUGUGUGCUGGUGAUGCCUAUGACCUCUGUGAUCCAUGAGCUGACCUGGCAAGGGCUAUACUCAAAGUGCUUCAGGGCUGUGCAUGGACACUUUCUGUAUUUCUAGUAUAUAAUGCAGCAGUUCAAGUGUAACUACACAGAAGUAUUUAUUCAAAGCACAAUUGACUUGAACUUUCACAGAUAAAGGACAGCUUCUGAACUGGCUCAAAGGUCAUCGGUGUGCCUUCGAUGCAGUCAUGAGCAGAGGUAAAAUGACUGUCACAUCUCAGUCUUGCUGCCUGUUUUACUAUCUCCACUUUAAUCAGACUCCUACAUUAUAAAGCUGCUUGAAGUGAGAUUUUUUUUUUUCUGAUCAUCCUGGUUAUUUUUUUUUUAAGUUUUCAUUUGUGCCUGUUGCUAUAGGAGUUUGUGUGUUUGUGUGGAGUGGAAGCUGCUGUUGGACACCCAGAGUGUUAACUGUAGAAAGUGAUCCUGAUCCAGGAGAUCAGGAAUGAAGGCUGUUUAAAUUUCUGUGUUUAAAUAGCUAUGGGUAGCAAAUUAACUGUUUUCAGUUGGUACAGCAAGUAUAUAUAUAUAUACAUAUAUAUACACACAUUUUUUUAAGGACUGUUUAGUACUUGCAUAACAUAGGCAAUCCUGUAACAUCUGAAGGACCCGAGCACUGGAUCUGCUUUGAAGGUGCAUCAUAAUAAAGAGGCAUCUUGCAGCUUUCACAAGGACAUCUGAUCUGCCUUAGACCAGCUCUGUUGGGAUGGGACAGGACAUCAGAUAGGUCCCCUGACAUGGCGGUACCAUAUGUUUCAGUUUGAAAACUGGUACUUAAGUCUUGCAAAACCAUUCAUUUUAUAUCUCUUGUAAGUGAACUUAAAAAGGCAGAACAGAGAUCACACCUCUCUUCCCCAAGGCUGCUGAAGGAAUGGAUUGUUUCAGGAGUGGCUUGGCACUUCCUCAGCCUCUCGAGCUGUUAUGACAGACUGCUGGAAAAAAUAAAUAUGGAAGCACCUAUUGAGCAUAGGGAAGAGGGCUCAUCUCCUCAUGGAGAGCAGUGCAGUGUAAAAAGCUGUUCCACUUCAUGUUGCCUUCAAACCCAAGCUUCCUUCCUAAGAAUUUCUAGUAAUUCUUAGGAGUGAAGGAGAGGAAGAAGAGGUCUUGUAAGACACUGUAAUAAACUCUCCUCUAUUCUCUGUGAGUUGUUUGUAAUCUGCAUCUUCUGCCUACUUUUGCUGUACCUUUUCAGAAAUCUUUGCAAUACUUGAUAUACAGUAGAAAUUCCUUAGUGAUUCCAUGGAUUUUCUUAACUAAAUGGUGCUGUGCAGGAAAAAAAAAUGAGCUCUGCCUUAUUAUCCUACACUUGUAUGAAGUCUCCUGCCACUAGUUUUCUGAAACUGAAUAUUUUCUUUGGAAUAUGUGGCUUUGCAAGCAGAUGCUUUGUCUUCCUCCCCUCUACUCAAGGGGGCUGGAUGGAGAUAUGACAAUAAAAGGAAGGUGACAGAAUGCUGUGGUUCACUGUUCUUGCUAUCCCCACACAAACAUUGUCCCAUUAAGGGCAGUUAUGUAACUUCCGCAGUGUUUAAGGAGAUUUAAGCCUUUUUGUAGCAUUUAUCUGUUUAUUGUGUCCCAGUUUAUUCAACGAACGUUUCCAAACUUUGCACAAUAUGGAUCCCAACAGUAUUUAACACAGCUAACCAGCAAAACAUGCAACACUACCAGGCUGUGUCAAAAAUUGCACUCAUACCCCAAGAAUUAUCUGAAUAUUUUCAGUCUAUGAAUUUCUGAAAUAAUUUGUUCUAAAUCAGUCGUUUUUCUGGAGCUUUAGUUUCUUCUACUUAAUGUGCCUUUAAGACAAUGGACAUCUCUUGGUAAAACAAUCAGAAACAGGGAGAAUAGUAUUCAUUAAGUCAACACUGAAAAAAUCUAGAAGAUAUGAACCAGUAGGACAUCACAUUUUAGAACCUGUCACAUAAGAAACGACUUUUUAAAGGAAAAACCUUGUAAUGAUUUUAGUGUCCUUUCAAGCACUUUAAAAACCAGCCUCAUUCAUCUGAAUUUCAGCUCUGUGUAUCAGUAAGGAUGCCUUAGGUGGUUUAUGAAUCUUGUAUCUCUUUCUGUCUGCUCCCUGCAGCUGUACUCUGCUGAAGCUAGUGGCAUGUCCAGAUUUAGAUCCAGAAUAGCUCAAUCCCAUCUUCUGAGGUACAGUCUUCAGCAGCACAUGCUUAUGCUUAAUCUUUAAUAGGCACUUUUCUUUGAGAGCCUUCCCCUUUGAGACAGAAGUAGAAAAGGGACAGUCUCAAAUACUUCAGUGGCACUACUUGUGCUUGAAGGCAUUGCAGACAUGGAAAAAUAAUUCAUCCCCUGGCAACAGAGGUUGAUUCAGCAUGGGGGGAGGAUUACUUUGGAAAAAGGAAUAUUUUUUUCCGUGUAAAAGGCUCCAUAAAUCCAGAUGUUAUUCCAGUAAGGUUUGUUCUUGUCUGUCGUAUUUACACAAUCACUUAUAGUUUGAUAAUACUGAGUAUCCUCUUGCAGUUUUCAGUCUAAUUGAUACAGAGGAGUCACCAGAGCAGGGGUUUCUGCUUGCAGGUCUGUAGUUUUUAGGCUGUCUUACUCCAUUCAGGAUUCUUCUAAAACAUCAACUAAAUCCAUGUAGAUGAUGUGAAAGUGGCA